UUUUCAUCCGCUGCCGACCCCGCCAACGCUGUUCCACGUGGACACAGAUCUGUAAGGGAAACAGCGCCUCGCUCGCUCACUCUUAAUUUUAGGUAGCUCCAACUGAUGUCCGUGGGAGCAUCGGGUGUGUCUCUGUGACACGUCCGAGCGACGCUGUACAACUUGGGCCAGUGCAGGCGGCGCGUCAAGCGAGACCAGCCUUUGUAUAAGAGCCACAUCCCGUUUCUCAAGCAUGCCCUCGAAUCGCUGCCAUCCAAGCGCCUGCAGAGCAGGAGUGACGUGCUGCCGUCGGGCCAGUCCUGUGACGACACCUGCCGCGAAGUUGAUCGCCUUCUGGAUACGGUGCUUUUGGGAGGCAGUACAUCCUCCCCACACAGUGCAGCAGUAAUUGAUGUGCGGGAAAACGAGCGCCUCAACCAGCAGCUUCUUAGUCUCGUAUGGCAGCUUGUGUCUCAACUUGGACAGCCCGAUCAGAACAGAGUAGCAGCGGCGGAUCACCUGUGACACCUGCCUCUCCCAUAGACAGAGUUGUUGAUAAAGAUGUCACUCACAAUGCAGAACAUAAUAAGUGAUGCUCAGACAUUGUGUACACAGCUUAAAGAUCAUGAGUCACUGGCGGACCACCUGAUUUCCCAAGCUCAAUGCCUCUACAAGCAGGUGGAUGCCAUGAAACAGUAUGAGGAGGAGGUCGGUCAGCUGAAUGAAGUGGCCCACCAGAAGCCACGCGACGCGCUCGUGCAGGGAAUCCAGCAGGAGAACCGUCAUCUUCGGGAGCUGCAGCAGGAGAACAAGGAGCUGCGUAACUCGCUGGAGGAGCACCAGAACACGCUGGAGAUCGUCAUGUCCAACUACCGCAAGCAGGUGACGCAGCUGCUGGAGAUUAACAAGUCGGACCGGCAGCUGCAGCUACAGCAGCAGCGGCGCGGUCAGGCCGGCGCCGGCACAUGCCAGCAGUCCCCGGACACGGCCCUGCUGCAGCUGCAGUCGGACAAGAUCCAGGAGAUGGCGCUGGUGAUGCGGCGGGCCGUCGAGCUGGAUGAACAGAGCGAACACCGCGCCCAGGAGACCAUCGCCCAGCUCAACAGGGAGAAUAAGGGUCUGCGGGAGCUGCUGCGCGUCAUCUACAGCUACAACUCGGACCGCCUUCCUCCGCCGGGCCACCCGUCUCCUCAGGUGUCCGCUCCCGUCGACCCCGACUCGCCCGUCUCCCUCCCCGACUCCCCGUGCUCCCAGACGGCCCGCCGACCGCCCUCAGCUGACAGCACCUCCUCCGGGAGUGACGGACACUUCCAGACAGUGCGGCGCCGACCGGCCGCCAAGGGCGCGGCGGAUUCCCCGGCCUCCCCCGAGGGGAAGACAGCGCCGGCGCCGGGGGUCGGCUCCCCGGGAGAGAGCAAAGUUCCGCCGGUGCCGACCAGCGCGCCGCCAAAGGUGCCGGCUUUAGCGGCGCGUUCGCCGACGACCGUGAAGGCAGCGGCGGUGACGGUGCGUCCCCCCGCUCCCAGUGGUCCAGCGCCGACCCCGGGUGCCGCUCCUACCCAUCAGGGGACGGCAGAGCAGAGCCUGUCUCCGAACAAAGCCGCGGUCCCGCCGCCUACCAAACAAUCACCGGAGAAACAGUCAUCUCCUCAGAAAGCCGAGACGUCCCCAACGCAGCAGCCGGCUUCAGCGGCUGGCUCGCCUCAAACCGCGACAAGCCCGUCGCCGUCGGAAUAGAUCCAAUCAUGGAAAACUGAGCUACAAUCGGUGUCUGUUCUCGAACUUGUCAAUACUCCGUGAAACAAUCACCGGCGUCGUAGCGGUGGUGUCCACUGCUUGCUCGGCACGGAUCGACGUGGCUUGGGGUGGUGUGGAUGUUUUAAAUCGAGUCAGACGAUAUGUGGGAUGGACGGUGAGGAAUGGUGGAUAACAUGUAUGGAGAACUGUGGUUGAGAGAUUGGAGUGACCUCUACUUGGAUGCGGAGGGAGAAGAAAGUACGAGGGAGUGAUGAGCCUGUGUGGGUCUGUAUGUGAUUGCUGUAAGGCGUUCGUGGUGUGGUACGAUUUUGUUACGGUGAUGACUGUUCAGGCGAAUGAUAUCUGAGAGAUUAAUUGAGAUAAUCGUAGCGGUCACUAGCGUUUGCACUUAGGCGAUGUGAAAAAUGCUCUCUGUGUUAUUCAAAGCGACUGGAUGUUGCAUGCCACCGAUUAUCCGAAUAUUUUAGUCCCAGCCAACCAAUGUGUACAAAAUCGAACUGGGAACCAGAACCAUUUCCCUGAGCAGCUACUGAAAUGAAAAGCAAAAUGGUCGGAAAUUUUCUUGCUGAGGAAUGCUUUUAGCGGGUUUAACUGCCGAUGCUGUGCCAGCAGGCUGGCCAAGAAUCGAAGUUCGUCAUACAAUUAAUAGCGUGCGCUGAAUAUUUAAGUUUGUAUAGAUUUAUGUCACUGAAGUGCUGUAAGCUGUCAAAAAUUACCCUCGCACUACAUUGUUUGAUGAAAUAUUAGUUCAACUCAUUUACUGGAUCUAUGUAAAUCCCCAGGAAUUGUGUGCUCACAAUUUGUAUUCCUUUGUCAAUACCAACGCUAUGAAAAGAAUAUAUUCACUUAUCGUCCUGAAA